GUCUGACUACUCAAUAUAUUUUUGCUUGCAAGCAUGGCUUCUAACUCGGAAAGCACCUCGGAAGAGGCCCCGUUUUCGGGGGAAGUUGAAGAGAUCAUGGAGGUUGUCGGCGACCCUGAGAACAGCGACAUGGAGGACUCGGAAGGGGAAGGUGAUGGGGAGAGGAGAGUCUUUCUUCCUGGUGACUCCCUCAACGAAGGGGAGAUGCUUGUUCGAGAUGACUCCGCUUACCACAUGUAUCAUCAAGCACAAACAGGUGCACCGUGUCUGAGCUUUGAUAUUCUGAGAGAUACCUUGGGAGAUGACCGUAAAUCCUACCCACACACAGCAUUCACAGUGGCUGGAACUCAAGCAGAGAAGGCUCAUCUAAACAAUCUCAUCGUCAUGAAGAUGAGUAAUCUCAAUCGCACCCGGCAGAAGGCAUCGGACGAUGAAGACUCGAGCGACUCAGACAGUGACAGCGAAGAUGAAGAUGAGAAGCCGGAGCUGGAGACGGCCAUGCUGAAACACCUUGGAGCAAUCAACAGAAUAAGAAGUACCACCAUUGGACAGAAACAAGUUGCUGCAACGUGGUCGGAUACAGGUUCAGUUCACUUGUGGGAUUUAAGCGAGGCCCUGUCGGCCGUUGGAAAUGCACAGCGCAUGGCACGGUUCAUGAGGCAGGCAUCGCAUAAACCUCUCUUCACAUUCACUGGGCAUCAGACUGAAGGUUUUGCAAUGGACUGGUGUCCGACAACACCAGGAAAUCUGAUCACAGGAGAUUGCCGGAAAAAUAUCCAUCUGUGGAAGUUACAGGAAGGCGGGGAAUGGCACGUUGACCAGAGGGCCUACUCGGCACACACUGAUUCAGUAGAAGAUUUACAAUGGUCACCAACAGAGAAAAAUGUAUUCGCCUCGUGCUCCGUCGACAAAAGUUUGCGGAUCUGGGACGUGCGAGCGGCACCCAGCAAGGCGUGUAUGAUAACGAUGGAAGAAGCGCACAGCAGCGAUGUAAAUGUUAUCCACUGGAACAGGAAAGAUCCCUUCAUCGUGUCUGGAGGGGACGAUGGGGUCUUAAACAUCUGGGACUUGAGGCAUUUUCAGAAAAAGGCACCCCCUGUUGCGAAGUUCAAACACCAUUCAGGUCCAAUAACAUCAGUGGAGUGGAACCCCCGGGACAGCACAGUCUUUGCUGCAUCAGGCUCCGAUGAUCAGCUCACCAUCUGGGACCUCGCACUGGAGCGGGACCAAGAAGGUCCCCCAGAGGGCGCCCAGGACGGGGAGGGGUCCCGAUUCGACAAUAUACCCCCUCAGUUGUUAUUCAUCCACCAGGGCCAGAGUGAUAUCAAGGAAGUACAUUGGCAUCCCCAGAUACCUGGCAUGAUUAUCAGUACGGCUCAUAGCGGAUUUAAUAUAUUCAAGACUAUUAGUGUAUAGGUUGAAAAAUAAACAAGACUUCCCACUGCGUUCCCAAUAGAUUAAAACCUGGUUCAUAAAUAAUCAUGCCCUUCAUCAUUAUAUUUAUUUUCCUUUGAUUUUCUAAGCCUUGCCCCAGUAGGGCAUAUCAGCUUUUAUUAACUCUGUUCCCUAUGACACCAUUAUUCACUGAAACGUUUCUGAGAUUGUUUUAUUUUUCUGUAAAUAAAACCUUGAGUACAUGUAUUGCAAGCAAUCAACUUCACAUACCUUUUUAAUUUAAUGUUGUUUUAGUUAAUUAAAGUAUUGCCCCAACCCAUAUGGCCCACAUUCGACUGCUAAAAGUUUGAAGGCUUUUUGUUCUCUGUUUCUUUAUGAAUUAUGCCUCUCAUUGGCCUAAGAUUGCACCACAGAGCAUCUUGAAUGCAAACAUUUCCAAAUUUCCCAAACCCAAUUUGCAUGAAGCCUCUCAAGGAUGCAAUCAGUCUUUUGUCUCGCUCAUUUUUAGUAUCAUAAACCACAAGUACUUGUUACGUUAAACAGACAAGAAAUGAUAACACAAGUCUGUUGAUACAAGAUAUUUUCACUAUAUAUAUAUAUACAUGUAUAACUUUAUUGUACAAAUUUUCUCUUUAAUUUGACUUUUUGCUGUCAAGAAUCUUGCAUACAGCUACAAAAUUAUGCAUUUUCGAUUCCAUUAUUUGUCAAAGGGUCACAGGUGUAUUUCAACAAUAAAGAUACAAAAGCAAUCCUUAAAUAUACUUUCAUGUAGUGGAAGUUUCUUUUUGUUAGUGACCAUUCAUAAAUACCUGACAGUUUCGCUAACCCUAUUGGUGGAGAGCGCGACACGUGGGCGUGUAUAAAUCU